AUGAACUUGAGGAAAUCUUUGUUUCUUUGUGUGCUAUUGACGAUAGUGGUUAAAGGAGAUACUGCUAUAAAUCAACCGAGCAAUACUGAUUAGGGACUUAACUCGAAUAAUCCUUAAUUUGCGUGUAUUAAGGGUAAUGCUUGUUUUGCACAAUAGGGUCUUAUUUUAAUGGACAGAUCUGUAUGCCAUGCUAGCAGAUCACUGGAGGGUAUUGUACUUGUACAACUGCAAAUACAUGCAAUUAUGUAACAUGUUCGGAUGGAUAUUAUCAAAUCGGAUUGUAAUGAAAAAUAAUAAUUUUAGAACUUGUAUUAAACACCCUGAUACCAACUGUGUAAGAGGAGGUUUUUCUGCAGACGGCUCAACCAUAGUGUGUUUCCAAUGCAAUGGGUAAUCAACGCAAAUAGGUAAAUGAAUAUUUUAAUUUAAGGUGGAAUAUGUGUUUAAAAUAACAAUUGUAAAACCUUUAGUAUAAGCACUGGUAUCUGUACUGUUUGUUCGGAUGGAUAUUACAAUGUGUUCCCAACCUACACUCCAGACGAAUUCAAUGGAGCUCAAACAUCAUUUGUCUACUCAACCUAUUUCCAAAGCUUUAACUCUUGUUUGCCUUGCAAUCAAUACUGUGCAACUUGCCAAUCAGAGUAUAAUAUUGAUGUUCAUCACUUUGUAGCACAUACUGUAAUUCCUGUGUCAAAGGCUACUAUCUGAAUAAUAACUAAUGUCUCCGUUGCUAGGACAAGUUAACUAAAUGCAACGCUUGUCCAGAUGAAACCAAAUGUACCGAAUGCGCAGUUGGAUCCUACCUCAGUAAUGGCAGUUGCAUUCUUUGUACAACACUUGAUCAAAAUUGUUCAGCCUGUUCGGACUCAUCAACAUGCACCUCUUGUGUUUCUGCUGCCUACUAUACAAGUGGGUAAUAAUGCAUCCAAUGUUCUGACACUAUCAGUUACUGCAAAUAGUGUUCAAGUGGAUAAAAUUGCACAAAAUGCACAACAGGAUUCUACUUAAAAAGUGGUGCCUGUUUCUUGUGUUCUACUGAGAUGGUAAGUUGCAUGACAUGUUCAGAUGGCAACACCUGCACAUCCUGUUCAGAUGGAACCUUCCUUGAUGGAAAUAAAUGCUCAAAAUGUACUCUAGCUGUUAGCAAUUGUGAAUACUGUUUGAAUGGAACCACUUGCACUACUUGUUAACCAAAAUACUAUUUGAAUAAGAAUGUCUGCAAUGCUUGUUCAAAUAAUUGUGAAAAUUGUAUAAACUCAUCAACCAAUUGUACAUCCUGUUCAUCAGGUUACUUUUUAAAUGGAGCUACCAGCACAUGUGAUUUGUGUGAUGCCAACUGUUUGACAUGUUUAAAUGCAGCCAAGACUUGUGUUUCCUGUGUCCCAGGGUAUUUCAAAGAUGGAGAUAAAUGUACCGAAUGUUCAAAUAAAUGUUUUACUUGUGUUGAUUCAGCCACUAAGUGUACAGCAUGCUACGUUGGCAGAUAUUUUAAUAAUAAUAAUUGUUUACCCUGUUCUAAUACAUGUACUGAUUGUGAGACCUCAGCUACACAAUGUACUGCUUGUUCCAAAGGUUCUUACUUGAAUUCCAAUACUUGUUCAGUUUGCUCAAUCACCUGCUAAGAAUGUAUUGAUUCAGCAACCAAAUGCACUAAAUGUUAUGAUGGAAAAUACUUGAAUUCUAAUUAAUGUAUCACUUGUGAAUUUCCUUGUAUCAAUUGUCUUAGUAAAACAGAAUGCUCAUCCUGUGUUCCAGGCUAUUAUCUCAGUAACACUGAUUGUGUCAAAUGCGCCUAUCCAUGUUCCACUUGUGGUACAGAUGGUAAGUGUACAGCAUGUGUUGCAGGAUAUGAAUACGAUGGUUCUAAUUGUUAAAUUUGUUUGAAACCAUGCACUACUUGUUCAAGUUCGUAAAAUGGAUGUCAAAGUUGUGUUGUAGGCUAUUAUUAUCAUGAUAACACUUGUUCAUAAUGUUCAAAUGAAUGUGCUGCUUGUAAUACAAGUGCUACAACAUGUACAAGUUGUUAUGCAGGGACAUUCUUAAAUGGUAGUAAUACAUGUGCUUAAUGUACAUCACCUUGUGCUACUUGCAGCGGAUCAGCCACAUCUUGUAGAUCAUGUGUUCAAGGAUUCUUUUAUACGGGCGAUCCAAAUUAUACUUGUACUGCUUGCUCAAAAUCAUGCGUGGCAUGUUCAGCUGAUGCUAACACUUGUUCAUCAUGUCAAAGUGGAUACUUCAAAAGUGGAAGUGUUGAUGGUCCUUGCAAUGCUUGUACAAGUCCUUGUUUGACUUGUUCAACCUAAGCCACUUCUUGUAGCUCUUGUGUAGAUGGGUAUUUUUAAUCUGCAGCCACUACUUGUGAUCUCUGUAAGGCCCCUUGUGCCAAGUGUGUCGACAAUUAAGAUAAAUGUUUAUCUUGUGUUUAUGGAUACUAUUAUUCUAACAAUACUUGCACAUAAUGUACUCUACCAUGCACUAAUUGUGUUGCUUCCGUAACUGAUUGUUAAGCCUGCGUUCAAGGUUAUUAUUUGAGUACUCCUGGCACAUGUACCAAUUGUCCAACUAAUUGUACAGCUUGUGAUUCUGCCACCUCAUGCACAGGUUGCGUUGAUGGGUAUUAUGUCAAUGGUAGUAAUGCAUGCACUGUUUGUGCAGCUCAGUGUGCUAAAUGCAGUGAUGCCAAUAACUGCACUGGUUGCGAUAUUGGAUUCUUCUUAGAUAGCACCAAUCCAAAUGCAGUUACUUGUACCAAAUGUACAAAUCCCUGUUAUGGUUGUGUCGAUAAUGCCACUAAAUGUACAGUCUGUGAUUCAGGUUUGGUAUUGGAUUCAGUGAAUCAUACAUGUAACUAAUGCUCUCCUUAAUGUACUUCAUGUAGUUAAUCUGAUCCUACAAAUUGCCAAUCUUGUUCUCCUGGAUACUAUUACAAUAAUAACAAUCAAUGUCUAUAGUGUAGCAAUUUAUGUAAAACCUGUUCAAACAACGAUAAAAAUUAUUGUACAAGUUGCUAUGCUGGAUUUUAUUAACCCACUGGAUAAAAUACUUGUAAAGUCUGCAUUGAGCCAUGCAAGACUUGUAAGGAUUCAACUUCAGGAGAUCAAUGUCUAUCAUGUUAUUCUGGUGAUUUUUGGGAUGAGCCUAACUCUUUAUGCAAACAAUGCUAGUAUCCUUGCGUGUCUUGUACUAAUUUAACUACAUGUGUCACUUGUGAAAAAGGAUACUUCUUAACAGAUCCUAAUACCCCAGGGACUUGUAACAUUUGUGAUGCCAAUUGUGAUGCUUGCGAAAAGUCAAGUACUAAUUGUACUGCCUGCCCAUCUGGCUACUACAAAUUCUUAAAUACAACCACCUAAACAAGUAGUUGUAUUAUUUGUACUAAUCAUUGUUUGACUUGCACCUCAGAUACUUAAUGUAUUGAUUGUGUUAGUGGAUAUUAUAAGGACUCCAAUAACAAUUGCGUGUAAUGUGCAAGCAUAUGUCUCACCUGUAAUGCAAGUGGCAAUAGUGCUUGUCAAACUUGUCCUAGUGGAUCGUAUUUGAAUGCAGGAACUUGUACUAAAUGUCCAAACAAUUGUACUGGAUGCACCUAUACUACUUAAGCAGAAUGCAGCUCUUGUGUGUCUGGAUACUAUGUCAAUAAUAAAUAAUGCACUAUAUGUGCUAAUUAAUGUUUGGAAUGUGAUACAACAGCAAACAACUGUACAAAAUGCGAUGUUGGUUUUUGGAAAAAUACAUCAUUAGCAUCCGAUCAAUGUUAACCCUGUUUAUAUAUAUGUAAGACCUGUGACACGGCAGCAAAUUCAUGCUAAAGUUGUAUUGAUGGAUAUUACCCUAAUAAUAAUGCAUGUUCAGUAUGUCCACUCUCUUGCACAAAAUGCACUGCUGCUGAUAAUUGUACUGAUUGUGCUAGUGGAUAUUAUAAAAAUUAAGUAGACCCAACUCACUAUAAUUGUUUACAAUGUACGAGUCCAAUGGUCACAUGUGAAUCAGCUUCUACCUGUACAACUUGCAUGACAGGAUAUGUAUGCAAUAGUGGUAGUUGUGAUUAAUGUAGUUAUGCUUGUUCAACUUGCUCGGGAUCCCCCACUACAUGUGGUAGUUGUUUUGAUGGGUAUGUCUUAAUGGCAGACAAUUCAUGUAAAGCUUGCACCUUCCCUUGUCUGACAUGUAUCGAUGGAGACCAAACUAAGUGCAAUUCAUGCCCCCCUGGAUACUACAUAAGCAACAAUGCCUGUAGUUAAUGUCCAAAGGCCUGCUUAACUUGUUCCGAUUAAAAUACUUGCACAAGUUGCAUUGAUGGGUUUUAUAAAAAUGGAGCUGCUUGUUCCUAAUGUUAACUACCUUGUCUCUUAUGUACUUCAUAAACAGAAUGUAAGACAAGUUGUAUCUCUGGGUAUUUCCCAUCUGGUACAAGUUGUGCAACUUGUCCUCAGUAUUGUUUGACCUGCACUUCAACUACUCCUGGAAAUUGUUAAUCCUGCGUCAUUGGAUACCAUCUUGAUUCUGGAGAUUGCAAGGCUUGCAGUACAGUCUCAACAUCUUGUUUAGAAUGCCCGGAUAAUCAAAAUCAAUGCUCCAAAUGUCUUGGUGGUUACUACCUUGAUAAUAGUAAUGCAUGCUAAAAAUGUACUAGCAAUUGCCUCUUGUGUUCAAAGGAUUCCUGUACAACGUGUCUACCUGGAUAUUACUCUGAUGGCACAACUACUUGUAAACAAUGUACAAAACCAUGCAAUGUUUGUAAUUCAGCCACUGAAUGUACUGAUUGUGCUGAUGGCUUCUUUAUUAAUGCUAGCAAAUAAUGUUAAGCAUGUUCAACAGCAGGUUGUCUCAAGUGUCCCUCAGAUACAUGUAAUACUUGUUCAACUCAAUUGAUUAAUGAUAACACAUGUUCUUAAUGUCAAUUACCUUGUGCCACUUGCAAAUCAACUGGACCAACAAAAUGUCAAACUUGUGUUACUGGAUUCUAUAUAUCAGGUGAUGCUUGCAAUGCUUUUGUUUUCCCAUGCAAUAGUUAUUCUACAGAUGGCAAUGGAACUUGUUAAGGCUGCUUUGAUGGUUAUUAUCUUGAUAAUAGUAAUGUUUGCUAGCCUUGCAAUGCUAAUUGUAAGGUUUGCUCAAACUAGUCUGCUUCACAUUGCUCAAGUUGUUAGGAUGGUUAUUUUUCAAGUAGUAAUCAAUGCCAAACUUGUAGUUCUACUUGUACCACCUGUGUAACAUCAGAUACUAAUUGUUAAACAUGUGCAGCUGGUUAUUAUCCUUCAGCAGCUCUACCUGCCACUUGUAACAAAUGCCCUGAUAAAUGUGCAACUUGUACUGAUGCCAACACUUGCACAGGGUGCAGACCUGGAUUCAUAAAGAAUGGAUCUUCUUGUGAUCAAUGUACUAGCCAUUGUUUGACCUGUGAUCCAGAUACAACUACAUGUACAGAUUGUUUACCUGGCUUUUAUAAAAAUUUACCAACAUGUACUUAAUGUAUAGUAGGAUGUCUGGAGUGUAGUUCUAGUACUAAAUGCACAGCGUGUUGGGAUGGCUAUUACUAAAGUGGAGAUAAUUGUCUUAAAUGUGAUGCUAAUUGUAAGAAGUGUUAAACUAAUGCCACAAAUUGUACUGAUUGUCCUACAGGGUACAAAGUUGAUGGUAGUAAUGUUUGUUAAGUUUGUACAACUGGAUGUAGUGAAUGUGUAUCUACAAAAGGAUUAGAUGGCUCAAAUUGCACUGAUUGUUCUGGAGAUUGUGCAACUUGUACUUUCCCUGGUGGAACUCAAACCUGCCAAACUUGCACAGCUGCAGAUAAAUUACCAGAUGCGGGUAACGCUGGAUCAUGCAUAGCAUGCGUGUCUGGAGAUGGAUGCAGCACAAAUUGUGUUUCAAAUUGUACUGCUGACCAAGCGGAAUGUGAAAGCAACGGAGGAUAUUACGAUGCUGGACCUCCUGUCACCUGUACUAAAUGUACUGCUCCUUGUAAGAAGUGUUCUGGAAGUGCUACAAAUUGUACAUUAUGUGCAGUUGGCAAUACUGGAGCUGAUUGUUCAUCAACUUGCAAUGCCUCCUGUAAGGCAUGUACUGAUACUGGAUCGGAUAAAUGUUCUUCUUGUUAUGAUGGAUUUUAUUUAAUAGCAGCAUCCCCUAGCUCUUGUAGUAGAUGUACAAACAAUUGCUUAACAUGUUCUGACAGCAAUACAUGCUUAACUUGUAUACCAGGCUAUUAUCCAACUUUGCCUACAUGCACUCAAUGUCAAUAUCCUUGCUUAACAUGUACAACUUCAACCACUUGUUAAACUUGUGCUUCCGGUUUUCGCAUUAAUGGUAGUAAUGCAUGUGUCUCAUGCGAUGUUGGAUGUGAUACAUGCACAAGUUCUAUAUGUGAAAAAUGCAGUAAAGGUUAUUAUGGAGAUGGUAAUCCUUCAUGCACUAAAUGCACAUUCCCAUGUUUAGAGUGCACAUCUUCAACUGCAUGUACUAAAUGCUUUAAGGGAUUCAAUCUAAAUGGAAAUGAUUGCUCAUAGGUGUCAACAGGCUGUUAAGUUUGGACAACUGAUGGAACUACUUCUUCAUGUUCAACUUGCUAUGAUGGAUUCUACCCAAAUAAUAAUGCCUGUUCGAAAUGUCCAAACUUUUGUACUACUUGUACCUCUAAUACUUCAUGUGGGCCUUGUUUAACAGGUUCUUAUAAAAAUGGAACUGGUACUUGUACACAAUGUGUCAAAGGGUGUACAACAUGUGACAGCGACACUGUUUGCACAGCAUGCAUAGAUGGAUUUUAUUAAAAAGCUAAUGACGUCUGUUAAGAAUGUCCAUAGAAAUGUGUAAAAUGUACUGACAGUACUACAUGUUCAGAAUGCUUAGUUGGUUAUUACCAGAAUGGUAAUGCCUGUACUGAAUGUGCAAGUCCUUGUAGGUAGUGUGCUUUAGAUGGUGCAACUGUGAAGUGCUCUGUUUGUGAUGCAGGUUAUUAAAUAUAAAACGAUGCCUGUUAAUAGUGUCCAGAUUUUUGUUAAGUCUGUGAUGCUACCUUCAAAUGUACAUCCUGCAUUGAUGGAUAUUUUUAAGACUCCGGAGAUGGAUCUUGCAAAUAAUGUAUAACUGCAUGUACUAAGUGCAGUGCAUUGGAUACUUGCGAUUAAUGCUAAGUAGGCUAUUAUUAUAAUAGCGGAACAAAACAAUGCACUUAAUGUCAAAGAGGUUGCAAUGUUUGCGACGCCACCUAAUGUACUUCUUGUGUUGAUGGAUAUUAUGCUGUUGCUAAUUAAUAAUGUUCACAAUGUCCAACCCCUUGUAAAACUUGUAAUGAUACUACUGGAUCAUGUAAAAAUUGUGUAGAUGGAUACUAUUUUAAUGCUCCAAAUUGCACUGAAUGUCAGAGUCCUUGUAUCAAAUGCUCAGGAGCUGGCAGUAAUUGUUAAGCCUGUGAAGAUGGGUACUACUUAAAUGGAGGCAAUUGUACAUAAUGUCCAACUUAAUCAGCAUGUUAAAAAUGCGCAGUUGAUUAAGGAGAUGCAACCUUAAAAUGUAAUGCCUGUGCUGCUGGAUACUUCAUUGAUAGUGCAAAUAGUUAUGUUUGUCGUCCAUGUGAUACUGCCUGCACAGCAUGCACUACUGGAGCAAAAGUUUGCUAGAGUUGUAUUCAAGGAUAUUAUCCUGCAGCUGGCGAUAAAUGUUUGUAAUGCAGUUUAGCAUGCACGAAAUGCACAGAUGCCAACACUUGUACUGAAUGCUCAAAUGGCUAUUAUUAAAAUGGUUCUUCAUGCAAUCAAUGUAGUUUAAAUUGUAAAUAUUGUACCACUUCUUCUUCUUGCAAAACCUGCGUUGAUGGAGCUUUCUUAGAGAAUGACAAUGUUACUUGCACACUUUGCUCAGGAAAAUGUGCUACUUGUAUAACCUCUAGUACUAACUGUGUUUCUUGCAUCCCAGGAUAUUAUGGAACUCCCAACUGUUCCAGUUAAUGCAGCAACUCAUGCUUAUAUUGUACAAAUAGUACCACCUGUACAAAAUGUCUACCAGGAUACUAUCUGGAUAACUCAAAUGCAUGCUAACCUUGUAAUAACACCUGCACAACCUGCUCAAACAACAGUGCUACAUACUGUUCAUCUUGUACAACAGGAUAUUUUUUGAAUAAUAAUACUUGUGAGUAAUGUUAGAGUCCAUGCACUGCUUGCGCUGUUUCAGCUGAUGCAUGUAGUGGUUGUUAGCCAGGUUUUGUUUUAAUUACUACAUCAUGUAAAUAAUGCGAUGCCAUUUGUAAAACAUGUUCUACUUCCUAAAGUAAUUGUGAUUCCUGUUAUGAUGGAUAUUAUAAAAAUAAUGGAACCUGCAACCAAUGUGCUGAACCAUGCACAAUAUGUACCUACACUGACCCAGGACCUGCUUAAUGCCAAAAUUGUCCUGAUGGAUACUUCUUAAGUAACAACGUUUGUGCAGAAUGCAAAGAACCAUGCAAAAAAUGUGUGACAGCUGGUGACUAAUGUACAGAUUGUUUAGAUGGAUUCUAUAAGGAUCCCAACAAUCCUAAAUGUCCAGUUUGUAAUUCGCCUUGUGUUACCUGUAAUACUGAUGGUGAUACAUGUAAUUCUUGUAUCCCAGGAUAUUACUAUGAUACUACUCAAACCCCUGCAAAGUGCAUUUAAUGCACAACUCCCUGUUUGACUUGUGAAUAUUCAGCCACUGCAACUGCUGUUGUUUGCAAAUCAUGUAUUUCUGGAUAUUUUUAUGAUACCUCUAAAACUCCUGCUGUUUGCACUCAAUGUUAGACUCCAUGUGCAUCUUGCGAAAACUCAGCAACUGAAUGCAGAUCAUGUAAUGAUUCCGCAUUCCAUUUAACCACAACUGCUCCUCUCACAUGCACAUAAUGUACUGAUCCAUGUAAAACUUGUAAUGCUGUUACAACUGAAUGCACAUCAUGUCUUGAUGGAUAUUUCUUACCAUCUGGCUAAAAUACAUGCUCGGAAUGUGUAAGCCCUUGUCUUACAUGUUAAACUGAUGCAAAUACAUGUUAAAGUUGUAUUGAUGGGUAUUACCUAAAUGUCAAUGCUUGUAACAUUUGUUAAAAACCAUGCAAUAAAUGCGUUGACUCCUAAACUAAAUGCACUUCAUGCAUUACUGGUUACUACUUGAAUGUAAAUACCUGCACUCAAUGUACAUCUCCUUGUGCUGCCUGUACUGAUUCAGCUUGCACUGGAUGUAUUAAAGGUUACUUUUGGGAUGGCACAAAAUGUACUCAAUGUUCUACUGCUUGCACAGCUUGUAAGACAUCAGCUACGACUUGUUAAAGUUGUGCUCCAGGCUAUUUCUUGAAUGGAACCGGAGAUGGUUGUAAUCCAUGCUAAACACCCUGUAAAGAAUGUGUCACAAGUGCUACCUAAUGUACUUCCUGUUUCAGUGGUUUGUAUAAGAGUGGCAGUGGAGCUACUGCUACUUGUACCUAUUGUCCAUCCCCAUGCACCAUAUGUGACGAUUAAAACACAUGCACAACUUGCGCUGUUGGAUACUCUCUCAAAACUAGUGAUCAUCAAUGUUACCAGUGCUAAACUCCUUGUCUCACAUGUUUGACUUCUGCCACCGAAUGCGACAAGUGCGUUGAUGGCUAUUACAAAGAUGGUGUUAAUUGCACAAUCUGUGCCAAUCCUUGUGCCACAUGUUCUGGUGCUGGAACUAAUAGUUGUUCCACUUGCGAUGAUGGAUUCUACCUUAAUGGAAGUACAUGUACCACAUGUGUUCUUCCAUGUUUAACUUGUACAAGCUCUACUCUUUGUAAUUCUUGUGGAGAUGGGUACUUUUUAGAUGGCAGUCAAGCAUGUACUGUUUGCUCCAACAACUGUGUCACCUGUGUUGAUAGUGCAGGUAAAUGCAAAAGUUGCAUCGAUGGAUACUAUUUAGAUGGUAAUAACACUUGCCAAUAAUGUAAUAACCCUUGCAAAACAUGCUAAACCACUGCAGAUACUUGUCAGACUUGUCCCAGUGCUUACUUCAAAGAUGGAACAACCUGCACAGCUUGUUCAUAUCCUUGUUACAAUUGUAACAACCCAGCAAACAGUUGUUCAUCCUGUGUCGAUGGAUACUACAUUUCAACCACUAAUUGUGUCUAAUGUCCAGAUCCUUGUGCAAAGUGUAGUGAUCAAAAUACUUGCACAGCUUGUUUGGCAGGAUAUUAUUAUGACGGCUCCUAAUGCUAAUAAUGUUUAUAUCCCUGCACCAUCUGCACAAGUUAAUCUAACUGCACAGCAUGUGAUUCAGGCCAGUAUGUUAACAAUAAUACAUGCGCAAAAUGCAAUUCUAAUUGUUUAACAUGCGCAGUAACUGAUGUUACAUGUGUCACUUGUCUCACCAACAUGUAUCUAAAGGCUGAUAAAACAUGUGAUAAGUGUACCUUACCAUGUGCUACUUGUGAGACCUCUGCCACCAACUGUAAAUCUUGCAUUACUGGUUACUACUUGAAUGGUGCUACAUGUCAAUUAUGUUUCUCUUCUAUUAUAAAUUGUGCUACCUGUGAUGAUGCCUCCACUUGCAAGACUUGCACUCCAGGGUUUUAUUUGAGUGGAAAUCUAUGUCUCCCAUGUUCAACUUCUGUUGAUGCCUGCAGAACUUGCCAAAUGACACAAAGCACUUAUUCCUGCACUGCCUGCACAGUUGGUCUGUUUUUGGAUGUGAAUACCUGUAGUAAAUGCCAAGAUACCAAUUGUUUAACAUGUUCAACUACUUCCUCAGCUUGUACUAAGUGUCUAACAGGGUACUUCCUAGAUAAUGGCGCAUGUACUCAAUGUAAGAGUAAUUGUACCUCCUGCACAAGUUCCAGUACCUGCUCAUCUUGUCUCGUUGGCUAUCAAUUAAGCAAUGAUUCAUGCAAUAAAUGUAACGACACCAAGUGCACAUCAUGCGUUAACUCUGUUGCUGAGUGCUCCUUAUGCAUAAUUGGAUAUUAUCUAACUGCAUCUGGUUGCAGUGCAUGUCCAUCAGGUUGUGCAGCAUGUACCAAUUCAACUACUUGCUCCUCCUGUCUUACUGGCUAUUAUCUAUCCAACAAUCAAUGCAAACAAUGCUCUUCAGAUAUUACUGGCUGCUUAUCAUGUUUGAGCAACACCAAAUGCACAGCUUGCGAUCUUACGUACUAUUUGAAAAACCAAUCUUGCACAUCCUGUGUGGCUGGCUGCAAUGUCUGCACAAAUGAUACUCAAUGCAUCGUUUGCACAACCAAAUGGUAUUUUGAUUCAAAUAAAACAUGUACCAAAUGUCCUAAUGAAUGUGCUACCUGCUCAAGUGGCUCAGUCUGUCUUACUUGCAUUGCUGAUUAUAAACUCUAAAAUUCCAGUUGUAUCAAAUGCACAGGCUAUUCUGCUCAAUGUUCAGAAUGUGCCAAUGAUCUAUGCUCCAACUGUGUUUCAGGCUAUACUUUAUUAGCCAAUAAUACAUGUGCCUUAUGUCCUUAAAAUUGUGCCACUGGAUGCACUAAAAGCACUCAACAAGGCUCUUCCUUUUAGACUAUCUGCGGAGUGUGCUAAGACACUUACUAUUUGAAUGAAAACUUACAAUGCAAUUCUUGCAACACAGGAAGCAACUUCGCUUUAAGAUGCACCUACGACACAAAAACCAAAGUAAUUACACCAACCUAAUGCAUAAACAAUUACUUCUUAGUCAACAAUUAAUGUUAUCAAGCUUAAACAUCCAAUACAUGUUCAAAACUCUUCCAACCUAAUGAUGGCACUUAAAUUAACUCAUAAUUCUGUUCAGAUUGCUGGCCAUCCUAUUUACAAAGUAAUUAAAUAUGCUACAAAUGUGCUAACUGUGCUGACAAUAGUUGCUCAUUAGAUUAAAAUAAUAAGCCUGUUUGUAGUUCAUGUGCUAAUUAUUAUUACAGUGAUUCCUCCGCAACUUGUUAAUUGUGUAUAGCAAAUUGUAUUAAUUGCACCGGCACAGGAAUCGACAAUUGUUCUCAAUGUGACACUGGAUAUUACAAGAGUUCAAGUUCAUGUGUUGCUUGUACUACAGACAGCAGCAGCAAGAGCACUUGCUUGAGUUGCUCUAACGAAACCACUUGCUCCACAUGCAUCAAUGGUUAUUACGAAAGCAAUGGAUCCUGUUUGGCCUGUCAAUUUGGGUGCAGCUAAUGUGUUUCUCCAGGAAAUGUUUGCUCUGGUUGCAUUAGUGGGUACUUCUUAUAAAACGGAGGUUGUGUUAAAGACUAAGGAAAUUGUUUAGAAAACUAAUAGAAUCAAAAUAAUGGUUGUUAUGUGUGUGCUUACGGUUUCUAUCCUAUCAAUGGAUGGUUAUCACAAUAAGGUUAAUCUUAAAUUGUUGACAAUUCUUGCGUACAAUGUGUCUAUCCUUAAGCAGCAGUAAAUAUUAUUUAUUAUUAUUUUAAUAGUUUGUCUGCCGAUCUAAUCCAUCUGACAAUUAGGUUUAAGGUGCCAGUUUUGGAUCUGUGACUUCAGGCAAAAAUUCUAAUUAUUUCAAAUCAGCUGCUCCCUUAAGCUCAACUAGAUAAACAACUCCACAAUGUAAAUCUGGAUCAUUUUGGACUGGAUAAAGUUGUAUGCCUUGUCCCACAGUUAAUAACGGUAUUUGUUAAACAUGCAAUAACUUUACAUCCUGCACUUUAAUCUAAUGUAAUCCAUAAUAUUACUUAAUCACUAUCAAAAAUGUCUAAUAAUGUGUACCAAUACCUACAGGAUGCACUGACAUGCAGUAUUCUGAUAAAUUGGUGUCUUUGGCAUGCUCCAAAUGUAGCUCAGGAUAUACUUUAAUUGGCAACAUAUGUAUUUCUAUUAAUGGCUGUUUGACUAUUGAUUAGAAUAGUGGAGCAUGUACUUAAUGUACAAAUGGAUAUUACUUUAACUGGGAUUUCAUAUUGUAAACCUCUAAGAGCACUUUGACAACUAACACUAAUUACUAUCAAUAUUUCAAUCCAUUUUGCAGUAAAUGCAAUACUGGUUGUGCCAUUUGUCCAUCAUUAUACACUUGUACUCAAUGUUUGCCAGGAUACUUUUGGUAUUAAUCAACACUUACCACAAAUUCAUAUUCCUUUAAGACUUAUUCUAAUGCUUAAACUAAUGCUUCUGGUCAAUGUGUUGCUUGUCCUAAGAAUUGUUAGACUUGUUCAAGUGCAUCUGUUUGUACUACCUGCAAUACUAAUUUCACUGUAGAUCCUAACUCGACAAAUGGCGAUUGCAUAUGCUCCUCCCCUUACACCUAUAACUAAUCUGAUUAAUCAUGUUCAGCUUCCACAGCUAAUUCUACUUGUUCUUUUGGAGGAUGUGCUCAGUGUAAUUCUGAUAAUACCUAAUGCCAAGUAUGCAGUCCUUAAUACGCCUUAACAAGUUAAACAACAUGCACUUAAUGUCUCAAUUGUAACUAAUGUACCACAUAACCUGGAACUUCCAAUCCCACUUGUUCGGAAUGUGCAGAUGGAUAUUAUAAAGUCUAAGCAUAUGAUGGAGCUCCUAUCACAUGUUAGUUGUGUUCAUCGUCCUUGAAUAAUGCUUUAAGAUGUCAGGGUGUGUUAGAAAAUUAAACACAAUUAACCAUCAUCUAAUGUGCUGAUAAUUACUUUUUAUUUGGAAACGCUUGCUAUUAAACUAGUAACUCCAAUUGCUUCACUAUUGCUAAUUCUAACAGUCAAACUUGCCAGUAAUGUCUUCCUGGAUAUACCUUAUAUGGAAAUAAUUGUGAUUAAUGUAACACCAAGAUUGUAAAUUGCUCGACUUGUGUUUAGAAUUCAGAUUAAAGUGGGUUAAUUUGUUAAUAAUGCAUAAAUGGUUAUGUAAUGAACACUUAUAAUAAUUCUUGCCAAUAAUGCCCCAGUGGAUGCUAGAGUUGCACAAUCAUCAGUUCUACUGCACCAUACACAAUGUAAUGCAAUACUUGUGCUAAUGGUAAUUACAUAGACAUCAAUGGAAAUUGUUAGGGAUGUCCUUAUGAUUGCAAGACUUGCGACUCAAAAUAUGUAACAAUAUUUAUCUAAUUAUUUAGACUUGUAGCACCUGUAACGAUGGAUACUAUUUAGUUCAAUCUUCCAUCACCUUCAAUUCCAAGUCCUAUGUGUUUAAACCUUGCUACCCUUGUUAAAACAAUUGUGCAACUUGUACUGGACCAAGUGGCAACAUCUGUUUAACCUGUUCAGCUGGCUUUGUUCUUCAAAAUGGAGGCUGCGUCGAUUUAACUUAGAAAAUUCAAAACGACUCCAACACUUACAGUUUAGCUAAUUGUUACACUUCUGAUUCAACUGGUUGUACUGUUUGCUAGGCAGGAUUUUUCUUAGAUUAAUAAAGAGUUUGCCAAGAAUGUGUUUCACCUUACAAUAAUGUAAUUAGUUGAUUGUUAUUCAUCCUAGUUUGUUUGCGGCAUAAAAGCAGUGUCUCCAACCAACCCAUCAAAUCCAGGUGACACAAACAAUUCAAAUUCUUCCAAUACGGAUGCUCCAAUCCCAAUUGGAAACACACCUAUUUAACCUACAAGCAAAUAUGGAUUGAUGUUUGGCAUACUAAUUUUGAUAGUCACGAAUUGAGAUCUAUAGUGUAUCAAUU